AUGCCUACCUUCACUACCACCUCGUCAAACCCAGGGCUUGACCACCGCCUCUCUUCCCCAAUCCUCGAGCACUAUGUCUACCCAACCUUCAUCGCCGUCGCCUGGUGUAACGCCAUCGACUUGAUCGUCCUCUGCUUCAACACCUUCAAGCGCUACUCCGGCCCCUACUUCUGGUCCCUCCUCGUGUCCUCCUUCUGCAUCAUCCCCUUCGGCCUCGGCUACGUCCUCAAGAUCUACAGCAUCACCUUCACAAACUACUUCCUCGAGAUCGCCAUUCUCGAUGCCGGCUGGUCGGGAAUGGUCACGGGGCAGUCGCUCGUCCUCUGGUCGCGGCUGAAUCUGGUGCUCGACAACCGCCGCGUCUUGAAAGCGCUGCUAUACCUGAUCAUCGUGGACGGGGCUGUGCUGCACACCGCCUGCACCGCGCUGGAGUUUGCGACGAACGCCCUGCCGUCCAAUGGCGUAGCUAUCGCGUUCGACGUCAUGGAGCGCGUGCAGCUUGUUGGCUUCUGUCUGCAGGAAUUGCUGCUCUCGGGGCUGUAUAUCUACAAGGCGGUGCCGCUGCUGAAGAUGGAUGCGGAUCGUCGCUCGCGGGGAGUGUUGGUGCAGCUGAUCGUCAUCAAUGCGGUUAUUAUGGCGCUGGAUGUGUCGGUCGUGAUUGUGCAGUACCUGGGGUUGUUUACCUUGCAGGUUACCUCUAAGGCGUUGGUGUAUAGCAUUAAGCUGAAGCUGGAGUAUGUUAUUCUAGGGCGGCUGGUGGAUGUCUCGCGGGUGCGCUCGCCGGCCGCGGCGCGGAUGAGGUUAUAG